UUUUCGGUUCCGAGAGGUUCUGCGCCAGCAACCCACCCGCCGCUCUCCAGCAGCUAAGGCGCAAAGAGAGAGAGAGAGAGAGAGACAAGAAGGCAGGCAGGCAGCCAAAGAUGUCCGAGACGGCUCCCGAAGCUCCCGUGGCCGCCGCGCCAGCCGCCAAGGCGCCCGCCAAGAAAGCCAAGAAGCCCGCGGGAGCCUCCAAGCCCCGCAAGGCGUCGGGCCCCAGCGUGACGGAGCUGCUGACCAAGGCGGUGGCCGCCUCCAAGGAGCGCAACGGGGUGUCUCUGGCCGCCUUGAAGAAAGCCCUGGCGGCCGCCGGCUACGACGUGGAGAAGAACAACAGCCGCAUCAAGCUGGGCCUCAAGAGCCUGGUGAGCAAAGGCACUUUGGUACAGACCAAAGGCACGGGCGCCUCGGGUUCCUUCAAGCUCAACAAGAAGCAACAGGAGGGCAAGGACAAGGCGGCAACCAAGAAGAAGCCCUCGGCCGCCGUGAAGAGCAAGAAGCCGGCGGCCAAGAAGUCCGCCGGCGCCGCCAAGAAGCCCAAGAAACCCGCCGUCAAGAAGAGCCCCAAGAAAGUGGCCAAGAAACCGGCCGCCGGGGCCAAGAAGGCAGCGGCCAAGAGCCCCAAGAAGGCCAAGCCCGCCAAGGCCAAGAAGGCUGCGGUCAAGAGCCCCGCCAAAGCCAAGGCGGUGAAGGCCAAGGCGAAAGCCAAGCCCAAGACCCCCAAGGCCAAGGUGGCCAAGCCCAAGAAGGCUGCGCCCAAGAAGAAGUGAAGAGGCUUCCCGUGGAGACUCGAGACACCUUUUGAUCCCAAAGGCUCUUUUAAGAGCCACCCACACGCUCAGUGAGAAAGAGCUGGCUUGCUCCUGUUCCUGACAUUAAUACAUCACUUUCGCUGAUAGUGUUGGCGAUGUUUGUAAUGGUGCUUCCGUUUAAAGGACAGCAGUUCUUUAAAACCUGUGUGCCUCCUUAUGGGUAUGGUUUGGUUAAUGUUUUCCCGUCUUCACAUAACAAAAAGUCUUUUUCCAAAAGGAAGAUCCGCAGCCCAGUGGUGGAGCCCACUGCUUUGCCCUACAGAAGAGAAGGUCCCAGAGCUGGGAAAGAUUCCCUUCUUGGAAAACUGAAGAGCCGCUGCCCGUCUGUCGGUAAUACUGAGCUAGAUGGACCAAGUGGUCUGCCUCGGAUGCAGGGCAGCUUCCUUGUGUGCCUGAUAGUUCUGUGGUACUUUACACACUGCCCGCCCAAAUGACUGCAGUGCAUUAACCAUUUCCCGCGCUGGGUUCCUACUGGAUGGAAGGGCGGGAUAUAAACAUAAUAACGAUGAAACAAGAGAAUGGAGUACUUACGAGCGUCGUCUAUCCUUUCUUAAAGCUGUAGAUUCUUGCCCACUGAGAAUAUUGGACAAAGUACUGCGCACCCUUCAGUUUCCUGAAACAUUUGGGUGCUUUGCACCCGAAUGCCAGUUUCUCCAUCUUUUUUCUACGUGUUAUAUAUCCUUGUGACGAAUUUAUGCAUUGGGGAGCUCUCCAGCAGUGCUAGAGAUUAUAGUGAGUUACUACUUCUACUAAACAUUAAGUAAGCAUGUUUACCGAUACAGUUACAAUAGAAACCUUAGCAAAGAAAGCCGAGGAAAUAUAUUUUGCCGGGAGAACGAGUAUUAACAUACAUAUCAGACACUUUUUCGGCAAAAUGCAGCAGCAACGACAAGCUCUUUUAAGUGAAGGAGUUGGUGGCUCUUAAAAGAGCCUUUGGGUCGUAAUUUUGCAGAGAUGGAUAGGAAGUCUUAUGCUCUCUCUCCUCGGAUGCGGCGAGCCAGCUGUAUGUCUUUCGGCAUGAUGGUGACGCGCUUAGCAUGGAUGGCACAGAGAUUAGUAUCUUCAAAGAGCCCCACCAGGUAAGCCUCACUAGCCUCUUGCAGGGCCAUAACAGCAGAACUCUGGAAACGCAGGUCAGUCUUGAAGUCCUGGGCGAUCUCGCGCACCAAGCGCUGGAAAGGCAGUUUGCGGAUCAGCAGUUCUGUAGACUUCUGGUAGCGCCGAAUCUCUCGGAGAGCGACGGUGCCAGGGCGGUAGCGGUGAGGCUUCUUCACUCCUCCGGUAGCCGGUGCGCUUUUGCGAGCUGCUUUUGUAGCGAGCUGUUUCCGCGGUGCUUUGCCGCCAGUGGAUUUGCGAGCGGUCUGCUUCGUCCUGGCCAUCUCUCCAAUGGAAAAAAAGUACCUAGAUCACCCUCUUUGCAGUAGUUCGAAACAAUAAAAGCGGCGGCUGGGUUGCAGGCUAUUUAUAGCCAAUUCCUCCUCGUCCCAUUGGCUGAGGGCAGCAACGCAGCCGGUAAAAAAAAAUUGAAUUUCCCGCGUUCUGCCCUGAUUGGACCAGUGAUGGCAAAACUUUCCGAUUGGUUCUUCCUUCUUCGGGCCUGCCAAGCCUUUGUUCUCUGAAUUAAGCCACCCUCCCCACGCCGCGCCUCUUGCUUUCCAACGGAACAAAUCUCAAAUUUAGCCCCAUCCCUCAAUUCACAAAUAUACACGAAAGAACACACAGGGCUCCUGUACUCUGCUAAAAAAUUUACACAUAAGGAGAAAUGCCAUCCGGCGCGACUUCUCUCGCGUUCUAUGGGGAAAUGCUUCUCCCUUUUAUGUAAUAUGCAGUGAAAAUCGAAGCAUACUCAAAAGUAGAUACCAUAUUGUUCCAUGGAUCUUAUUCUCUCGUUAAGUGUGUUUAGAAUUGACCUCUAACUAUAAGAGUUGUCAGUGUCAAAUGUAUUUGUAUGCGCCUUUCAACAUAUUAUGCUCAAGGUAAACUGACAAGAGUAUAACUAUUUCUAAAAAUUAUUAUUAUUAGCACUCUAAUCUAUUCAGAAGAUAAAGGCAGCUCAUAUUAUAAGAGACAGGGCACAAAAGGAAAAGGGACUAGGGAAGGAGGAGGGGGAAAACAAGGUCAGGCAGCAAUUCUUAGUUACAGAGAUCUUGUAGCGAACAGCAUGAGUGGAAAAAUCUGGGGAAGUGGGAUAAAGAACCUAUGUUUCCCUCCAAGAUAUUGGUGGACUACUAUCAGCCCCAGUCACUAUUGCAAAGGACAAUGGGAGCUGUAGUCCAACAACAUGUGGAGGGCCACAGGUUCCCUAUCCUUAGUGCUGGGGAAGUGGUUCCAGACCACUCCACUCUGGGCCCUUUGUACUCUGAUGAAUGUAUUUAGAAGUCCCCUUCAGACCUUCCCACUCAAUGUGGGCAAGGCUAGGGGUAGAGUAAGAGGGCCAAGGAUGUUAGUGGUAGGGACGGUGCUUCCCCUACACACAUUAUGUGCUCACUAGUGUUACUUUGAAUCAGGGGUUGCCAACCUUUUUGGACCAGGGGUGCAUUUCAAAUUCUGAGAGUGUGCUGGGGACACCAGUCACAAAAUGGUUGCCGCAGGGGCAUGGCAUAGCACAAUAUGACUGCCAUGGGGUGUGUGGCAUACCAUAAAAGUAGAGAGUACUCAUGGUGAAGCAUUUCCCAUAAUUGUAUUUCCAUACUAGAAAAGGCUUGAUCUUCUGGAUUUAUGGCUGCUAUAUAAAGCACAAGAACUGUGUUUUCCCCAAUGUCGACCCUAAACCAAAGCCUAAGCUGCCAUCCUGUGCCUACUUACCUGGAAGUAAGUCCCAUUAAACACAAAGAGACUUAUGUAGACAUGUAUACCUUUGUACUGUUAGUUAACUAUACAGUGAAUUCUUAAUGAGUCCCUGGUCUUUAUCUCCUGCAAACAGGAGACAUGGAUAAGCCUCUUUGGCUUUCACAUUUGCCUUUUGGGAUUCUUUAACAUUCAGCCGCACUUAUUGUUAGCAAUAUUUGCAGGAAAUAAUUUCUAGGCACUACCUGAUCUCAGGCAAACCCAGCACAGGAUAGAUGCAUCAUGGUUGCUAGGGGGAAAGGAAGGUCAAACUAUGGAAGGAGAAAAUAAACAAAUAAAUAGAAAAUGAAUAAGACAGAAACAGGAAAAAUGCACUAAAAGAGGGGGCAAAACAGCGGCUCUUUAGGACCCAGAGAUUCCUAUUGCCUGGUGUCCAAACAACUCAAUCACAGCUUUCUUAUCAAUUGCAGCUCUGACUUACUUCACUCAUUGGCUGAUAAUUAACAGGCAGGAUCAGCCAAGCUGGCUGAUUUCACAGAAAUUGCUAAAGAAGCAUACCUGCACCAUGAAUUAUAUAUAUAGAGGGGGUUUUUUUCAAUCAAAAGUCUCCUAAUAUCACAUCUCCCAAUUUUAUUUAUUUUAUUCUAAUUUGAAGUGAAAGCAAAACUAAUUUAACCACAAGCAAGUAAACCAACAAGGCAACCUGCAGGGUUUUUUCCUACUUUGCACAAUAUUUAACCUAUCCAGGAAAAGAAUCCUAACACUAGAGUGCAACCUGAAAUCUUUUAAUACUGAUGAUGGCCUAACAAAGAGAUAGGGAACUUCUGGUCCUCCAGAUGUUGCUGGACUUCAACUCCCAUCAACCCCAGCUAGCAUGACCAAUGAUUCAAGAUGAUCGGGGCUGUAGUCCAACAUCAUCUAGACAAGUUCCCCAUUCCCUGCUGAAUCAAAUUAAAUUUGCUUAAUAUCCAAAUUCCAUUUUAAAACUAUUACUGCAGACUGAGAUAUUUUUCAUCAUCCAACUACAUCCAUUUAUCACCCCCUUCCUUUUCACUUUCUUUGCUUAAAGUCCAUCCUGAUGAAGAGUUCUGAAUAAUCUGAAAGCUUUCCUGCUCCUUUGUGAUUUUUAUAGCUGGACAAUGAGUUUCUUAUGCUGCUAUGCCAAGGGACAAAUGACUUUUUAGAUCUGUCGUAAGCACUAAAGGCAGGAAAAGGUUAACAGAAUGAAGACGCUUGAUUGGACAGACGUGGUGACAUAUAUAUUAGAAUGAGUUUAAAUCUCCCGGGCUGCGCUGCAAUUGGUCAGACAUUAGAAAUCCUGUUUUUUUCCCUAUACUAUCUCUAGUUUCUUUGUUCCUGGAGAAAAUGUCUCCCCACUCCUCCCGUAAACUGUUUAAUAACAUGUCAAGGGGGAGAGUAAAAGAAAAAAGAGGCUACAGAAAACUUUUUUAGAUGAAAGAGGAAACCUGAAUUGCACACGGUUAGGUGGGUGAAAGCAAGUGGUAGAAAAUGCAGCUGUAGGAGCUCUGCUACAGAAACAAUCUUGAGAAAGAAAAUGGCGACCAGCCUUACUCCUUUUAUCAGCGUUACACUGGGAUUAAAAUAGAAAGACUUCAAAAAUUGCUUUGGUUUAAAAUUAACCCUGAAAAUUGCUAUAUCGAACAAUCUCUCCAACAGUUUACACUUAAUGGCCUGGGUACCUCCUUAGAUUAGAAGAGCUCUGGAGAUCCCUAAGUAUCGUAGAGCCUUUACACUGGCUCGUUUCAGCUCUUUACCAUCAGCCUUUUUGGAGAGAUAUUUGCGCAUUCCUUGUUCCCAACGCAUCUGCCUAUGCCAAUCGGGCGAAAUUAAAUCAA